AUGCACCAAGAUGUGAACAAUCAACCUCAUCUGGAUUACUUAAUGGGGUCUAAACCUCGACAAUCAAAGACAAAAAACUCUGUCUUCACAAACAGGGAAAAAGUUCUUUAUGAGACAUCUUAAAAUAGAAGACCUCAAGUAAAGAGAAUCAAUAUAAGCUCUUAAGAAAGCGAGUAGUCGCUAGAGAAGGUAAACAAUUAAUAGGAUCAAAUCUCAAUUAAAAGGCACAAGCAAACAUUUCUCAAUGACAAAAUAUCUUAAUUACUCAUCAGAAAUUCUACUAAGGACCUAAUUGAGAGAUAGGCAGUCAAGAAGAUAGAAAGAGGGAGAGGUAGGUUUCUUAAGAAGCUUUAAAAUGUGACUUAUGAUGAAACUCUCAAAAACCAAGAAUAAACAAGAUUUAAUAAAUAGCAAUAAUAGCUGAUUAAACUAGACAAUAUAAUUUGUAACUAAUAAUAGAAAACUAAAAAUUAAUCACUAAUCAGGCAAAUGAAGGAACCAAAGUGCCCCAGAAGCAUUAUUGACCAGACAAAUGGAGUUCUUACAAGGAAGCUGCCCUGCAAACCUGCUUUCAACAUUUUUAAGACCGAAGAUCAUCGUUCCUCAUUGCAUGAUAAGCAUUACUCGCAGCAGAAUUAAUAAUAAUCGCAAUCAAUUAUCUAAAACAUUAAACCCAAAAUACAAGUCAUUUCCAGUAAAAAUAUAAUCAAGAAAAAGGCACCCUCUUAACUGCAGACAAGAGUUAAUGAAUCUGUUAUCAUUAGCAGGCACACUGACAUAAGCAUGGACCAGUCUGAAUGCUGUGUAGGGCAGAGCUAAGAUCAGCCAAGGAGUUUAAAUAGAGUUUUUAAUAUUGCAAAAAAAAACUCAUUUCCUAUGGCUUAAAUUGCUUCCAAAAACCCCUCUCAUUAAGGCAGCAUGAUAUCGGACAAGAGAGAAAAGAGUCUAAACAAUAUUAGCAAGAAGACUAAAAGCUUGCAGUAGGUACCGAUAAAGGCUAUAAUAAUGCCAAUAUCUGAGAAGCUGAGUAGUAUGGUAUCGAGUUCACAUAACUAAAGUAAUACCUCCUUAUGCCUUUAAGAUUUACAAGGUAUAAAAGUUAAUAUUUAAACUGACCCGAUUAUGCCACCUCUCAAGAUAAUUGCAGAUGAAUACUAUAACUAUCUAAUCAACUAUGAGGAGACCUUACUGUGCCACUACUUACUUAGUGAUAGACUGUCUAGAGAUUUUUUUACUCAAAGAUGCUAUAGCAUGCAUCAAGAAAUAGACACAUAACUGAGAGCUCGACUUCUUGAUUGGAUAUUACACUGCACUUAAGUGGCACAAAUGGAAGAAAAGAAUAUCUUCUUCAUAAUCUGCCAUCUGAUUGACACCUACUAUCAGAGAAUAGAAAUACCUUAGUCAAAGGAGGAUGUAUAGCUCACAGCCAUCAGCGCUCUGUUCAUCGCUAGCAAGCUUAUUCAAAUUAAUCAUCUAAGCAUGCAAUUUUGUGCUCAAAACUUAGGCCAUAGCAAGUACACUAUCAAAAAUAUCGAGGAUAGAGAAUCUGAGAUUCUUAGACUUGCUGAAUGGGAAAUAAACUCUCACCCCACGCUAUAUGAGAUCUUCGAAUUGACUGUGAUGCUGAUUAAGAAGGAGAUUCAGGGCAAGGUAUUCAACCUCGAGAUGAUAAAUUUCAUCAGAGAUUUCCAGAGUAUAGCCUUUUGUAUACUCAGGUCUUGUCUUUCGAUAAUGAAUAUAUCUAACAGGCCUCCAAUUGAAACUGUAGCAUUGGCUAUCAAUCUGGGGAUGAGUUUGAAAAUACAAGAAGCUGAAAUCAAACAAACUGCAGGUGAUCUCUGUGAAAUCUAUGUGAUAGUAAAGGCCUGGGAGUGUGUUUAAAGAUACAAGUUUAGGUUAAUUGGUGAUCUUACAGAUAAGACAAUUGGAUUGAUGAUUGAGAUAUAAAGGAUUAAAUUAAUUUGCAAAGAGACAUUGAUAGAAAUUCUAAACAUUCCACGAAGACUAUUAUCAUACGACUAGUAUCAAUUAAGAUUAAUGCUUCAAGGAAUGAAUCAAUAUCUUAUUUGA